CCUUCUGAGACACCGUAGGAGCAGAAACAGGAGCGGGGACUGUGUCAGUCAUGUUAAUAAUAAAUAACUUUUUAAAGAACCUUAACGUUAAUUAGCUCAUUUCAUUUAAACUGACUCAGAGGGAAUACUGUACAGAAAAUACGUUUAUCUGUUAAACCCUAGCUAGCCCGUUUAUUUACGUUGGCAAGUUAUUUGCGCUUAUUUAACCUUUUAUGAGUCACAAUAUCUUUUUUUUCUACUGUUUAACUGAGAGGGACUGACCUCAGAUCAGGACAGACUCUCUUAUAGUACAGGGCAAAGUGCGGAAUGAGCUCCAUUAUCAGAUCUGCUCUGUCUGGAAGUAGGAGGCUGUAUCAUCCUGCACUGAAUGCUGUUAGAGCCAUGUCUGCCUCUGGACCCACCCCACCUUUCACCACCCUGUCAAUCAGCCAACCAGCCUCUCAUGUAACUCACGUGGAGCUGCACCGUCCUGACAAACGCAACGCCAUGAACAAGGCCUUCUGGAGUGAAAUGAUAGAUUGCUUUAAUCAGAUCACAGAAGACCCAGAAUGCCGUGUGGUGGUCUUGUCAGGUGCUGGGAAGAUUUUUACAUCAGGUAUUGACCUUAUGGAUGUGGCUGGUGCUUUGCUGGACCCUGUAGCAGAUGACGCUGCCAGGAAAGCGUGGACCACUCACCAUAUUAUCUUAAAAUUCCAGGAAUCUUUCUCAGUCAUUGAAAAGUGUCCGAAGCCUGUGAUAGCGGCAGUGCAUGGAGGAUGUAUCGGAGGAGGAGUAGAUAUGGUGACAGCUUGUGAUAUUCGUCUCUGUACACAGGAUGCUUGGUUUCAGGUGAAGGAGGUCGACAUCGGUUUGGCGGCAGAUGUAGGAACUCUGCAACGUCUUCCAACUGUGAUAGGCAGCCGCAGCUUGGUGAAUGAAUUAGCUCUGACUGCAAGAAAAAUGUACUCAGAUGAGGCAAUGAGUUGUGGGCUGGUCAGUCGUGUGCUUCCUGAUAAAGAGACGAUGUUAACAGCAGCGAUGGAGAUAGCAGGAGAGAUCGCAGCCCGGAGUCCUGUUGCUGUUCAAGGAACCAAAAUCAACCUGGUCUACUCCAGAGACCACAGUGUGUCUGAUAGUCUGGACUAUAUGGCUACAUGGAACAUGAGCAUGCUGCAGACUCAAGAUCUUGCUAAGUCAGCCCAGGCAGCCAUUGAAAAGAAAAGUCCUAAAGACGUUCUCUUCUCCAAACUCUGAGUUCAGUGGAGACAGCCUGACCUGAUACUGUGAACACUGUCUGUUGGUUCAGCUCUAAUCAAGCAUCAAGAUCUCUUCAGUUCUUCAUUAUAGUUUAACUCUCCAAAGAUGCUCUUGAAUGUCGCAAACAUGUUUUGCCUUAACAUGGACUGAUUUUGUAAAACACUGCAAACUAUAGGAUGGAUUUUAUGUGAUAAAUCAGAGUAAUUACUGUAUUUAAUUAUUUCUGUACAUUUAUUAUACAUUUGUGUGAAUUAAAUCCCAGUUUAUUUAUUGUA